CUUACGAUCGAUCUACUGCAGAUCCAGGUCUCCCAGGCAUAAUUCUACCCCAACUCGCAUCCACACAGUCGUAUAAGAUCCUCAUCUUCCAACAUACUCUGCUCUGCUUAACUCUGUUCUUUUCGCGAACAAUCCAUACACUUACCUCCCCGUGUCCCACAACAGACACAAACAUGAACAACAUGUCAGGUCUUGCAGAUACCCUGACCGCUUCAGGAGGCGCCGAGUCUGCAGGCUUCCUCAAUGACAUUGUCGAACAACUAUGGCCCAACAUCAAUGUUGCCGGCUGCAACAUGGUGAGAGAGAUUGUCGAACCUAUUCUGGCCUCCACACUUCCAGGUCCAUUGGCAAAUCUGCGAUUCACCAAGCUUGAUCUAGGCCCUGUACCUUUACGCUUGUCUGCAGUGGACGUACACAAGACCUCCAUGGGAGGGAUCAAGUUGGACAUGAAUGUGAGCUGGGAGAGUAUGAGCGAUAUUGAGCUGGACGGCAGGAUGGUCCCCAAGAUCGGUAUCGAGCGAGUCCACCUCAAGGGCAGACUUUCUAUUCUGCUCGCUCCUUUGACAAAUGUCAUCCCACUGAUCGGUGCUGCGCAAGUCGCCUUCAUCAACCCUCCAGAGCUAUCGCUCGACUUCACAGAUGCCGCCAACAUCGCAGACUUAGGCAUUAUCUCAAGUACCAUCCGCAAGACUAUCCUCGGCAUCAUCGGUGGCAUGGCCGUUCUGCCAAACCGCUUCCUCGUCAAGCUUGACAAUUCGAACGACUAUUUCAAGACUUACCAACCUCCCCUCGGUGUCGUCCGCCUCACGAUGGAGCGAGCAAUUGGAAUAUCGGGUCCCAAGAAGAGCGGCGCAAAGCGUCUUCUCGCCAAAAUUGUAAAGGACGUACCUGACUGCUAUUGCAAAGUAAGUGUGGGCGCUGAGGAAGAGUGGCGCACAUCGACCAAGAAGAACAACCAUGACCCCGAGUGGAAUGAAACGCAUGACUUCCUCGUCGCAGACUUCGAGCAAAAUAUUACUCUCGAUGUGCAGGAUGACGAUGUCGGUGCUGACGACGACAUCGGCAUCGGAUCCAUCUCCAUCAAGGACAUCCUGCUCGGCGGCGGCACGAAAGAAAUCGCACUUACCCACAAGGGCGAACACACGGACGCCCGCGUAACAAUACACGCUCAAUUCUUCAACUUCGUCAACGAACCCCAAGCACUCUCCGCGACACAGAGCCAAGGUGAAGGCCAACUCUGCGGUCUCGCCACCGUCCUCGUCGCCAGCGCUCUUGGUCUUCAGGGUCAGCGCGACGAGCUCCAACCCAGCGUAAAGGUAUCCUGGGGCAGGAAGGAGUUCCGUACUGCGAUCAAGACGUACACGCCUGGCACAGAUAUCUUCAAUCCUAGCUUCGACCAAGCAUUUAGAAUCCCGAUUACAAGGGAUAUGGUGAACAGCCCGGCGCCGUUCAGGAUCAGCUUGUUAAACAAGGAGGCGGAGACUGGUGCGAUUGAGAUUCCGUUCACGGAUGUGCAGAAUGGACAGGAUCUGACUGUGUCGAAUGCGUAUGAUGUUGGUAGUGGAGCGACGUUGAGAGUUGCGAUUAGUUUGAGGGGACUGCAGUUGGCUUAGUAAGUCAGCAUGAGAUCAUUCAUGGAUCGUCAGGCUUCCAGGGUCGACGUGCCCUUUCUUUAAGUGGUUAGUGUGGCGCCUCCAGCGUGCAGAACUCCCGAGGUCUAUGGCUGAACGAGAGUUUUAUCCAGCAUCCCAUCUCGCUCAUCAUCCCGUUGAGACUGGGAACCUGCAGGCGCUCUUUACAAGACUGUUAUUGCGGUAUCAAUUAGUCCAUACAAGGUCUGGCUAUACCCGUAGCAGACUACCCUAGUCUAGUGUUUUACAAAUCAUGUACAUAGUCGUCUUCCCCUAGCUAGAUAGCACCUCAGCGCAGUAUUCCAUCAACUCAAGAGUCCUACAUUGUCGUUCACCGUAG